GGCCGGAAGAGGCGGGCUCGAGCGAGCGGGUCUCCCGGGUGACGACUAGGCCGAGGCGGCUGUGGCGGCCCGCGAGGGAGGUGAUGGCGCCCGCGACCCUCACAGUAGUUAGCAGCGUUGCCGGCGGCCACGGCCUCCUCUGCCCUUGAAUGAAGGGAGCUCGCGGUCGCCGAGGGAAGCGGCUCCCCCUCGGCUCGGGCCGCGCCGCCUCCCCUUCUCCGUCCUGAGCAAGGCAACGACUUCCACCAUGGCCAUUACACAGUUCCGUCUUUUUAAAAUUUGUACGUGCCUGGCAGCAGUGCUCUCUUUUUUCAAGAGAUUGAUAUGCAGGACUGGAAGAGGACGGAAACUAAGUGGUGAUCAAAUAACUUUGCCAACUACUGUCGAUUAUUCAUCAGUUCCUAAGCAGCCAGAAGUAGAAGAUUGGUCUUCAUGGGAUGAAGAUGCUCCUACAAGCGUGAAGAUUGAAGGUGGCAACGGCACUGUGGCCAAUCAACAGAACGGUUUGGAGGAGAUGGAGCCAGACUACUUCAAGGACAUGACUCCAACAAUAAGGAAAACGCAGAAAAUUAUUGUUAAGAAGCGUGAACCCUUAAAUUUUGGCAACCAGGAUGGCAGUGCAGGGUUUUCUAGAUUAGCAGCUACACAAGAUGUACCUUUUAUUCACCAAUCUCCGGAAUUGGGAGACCUGGAGACGUGGCAGGAAAACACGAAUGCCUGGGAAGAAGAGGAAGAUGCAGCCUGGCAAGCAGAAGAAGUUCUAAGGCAGCAGAAAAUAGUAGAAAGGGAAAAACGAGCAGCUGAGCAGCAAAGAAAGAAAAUGGAGAAAGAAGUGCAGCGGUUGAUGAAGAAGGAGCAAAAUAAAAUUGGCGUGAAGCUGUCCUAACAUCACUCAUCUCCCCCCCACCCCCACCCCCAACCUUUCUUGGGUUUUUUUGGUCUCAUGGUACCAGCGAAAAGGGAGAAUCCAAAUACAUAAUUUUGUAUCAAUCUCAGUAUUUUUAGAACUCCACUCACUUCACUUGGAAAGCCAUCUUGGGGAGAUGCAGUUCUUCCAUACAGGAUCUUCAGCUGGACAAUUCAAGCCACAAAAGCAUCAUCCCACUAAAUCCUGCCAGAAUGGGACAUUUAUUUCCUGCAAGGAGCCCUCGGUCCCGGCAUUCUCCUAAUACGAGAAGUGAUACUGCUGCAUAAAACUCCUCAAAUGCCUGUUUGAAGCUUAAGGGAAUAAAGGGGUGUAAAUAAUUGAAUGAUGGCGAUCUAUUCUAUUGUCUUAUUAUGCUUAUUACUGGAA